GAGGCUGUAUUUACGCUGCAGCACUCAGCUGAUCGAGGAUCUGUCUCGGAGCCGCUCGGCAGCAUCAUGGACUUCAACGUGAAGAAACUGGCCUCGGACGCCGGAGUGUUCUUCACCAGGGCCGUGCAGUUCACUGAGGAGAAACUGGGUCAGGCUGAGAGAACCGAGCUGGACCAGCACCUGGAGAACCUCCUCACUCGAGCUGACGGAACCAAGAACUGGACCGAGAAGAUCCUGAGACAAACGGAGGUGCUGCUGCAGCCCAACCCAAUGGAUCACACAGGUUCUCGAAUCGAAGAGUUUAUCUACGACAAACUGGACAAGAAGCUUCCGUCCAGGACGACCAACGCAGAGCUGCUGGGACAACACAUGCUGGACGCUGCACAGGAGUUUGGUCCAGAGACGCCGUACGGUAGCACCCUGGUCAUAGUGGGAGAGUACCAGAAGAAACUGGGAGGAGCCGAGCGUGACUUCCUCCAGACCUCGGCCGCCUCCUUCCUCACUCCUCUUCGUAACUUCCUGGAAGGAGACUGGAGGACGAUCUCAAAAGAGAGGAAGCUUCUGGACAAUCGACGUCUGGAUCUGGACAUCUGCAAAGCCCGUCUGAAAAAAGCGAAGCUGGCAGAAGCUAAAGCUGCAGCUGCACCUGAUUUCCAGGAGACGAGGCCUCGGAACUACGUCCUCUCUGCCAGCGCGUCCGCGCUGCUGAGCGAGGAGGUGGAUAAAGUAAGUGUCUUCACUCGUGGUCACUGUGUGUGUUUGUGUGUUUGUGUGUUUGUGUCUGAGUCCAGUUGUGAAGCUCUUCACUUCCUCCUGCAGGCAGAGCACGAGCUGCGCGUCGCUCAGACCGAGUUCGACCGACAGGCUGAAGUCACUCGCCUGCUGCUGGAAGGAAUCAGCAGCACACAUCUCAACCACCAGAGAUGUUUGCAGGAUUUUGCCGAGGCUCAGGCGACGUACUACGCUCAGUGUCACCACCACAUGGUGGAGCUGCAGCAGGAGCUCCACAGAUGCACCAGCGCCCCCCAUUCCUCCGCCUUCCUGUCUGGCCCAGUGUCCCCGGGGGGGGCAGGGUCCACUGGCCAGAACGUGGUGGGCACGCUGGCGGUGGAACAGAGUCAGUUCCCAGUCACAGGAACCAGAAAGGCCAAGGUCCUCUAUGACUAUGAUGGCCAUGGUGCCAGCGAGCUGUCCCUCCUGGCUGACGAGAUCAUCACCGUUCACACCGUACCAGGGAUGGACCCUGAUUGGUUGAUUGGAGAACGAGGCAACGAGAAGGGCAAAGUUCCUGUCACCUACCUCGAGCUGCUGAGCUAAUGGACACACACACACACACACACACACACACACACACACACACACACACACACACACACACACACACACAUAUGCAAACCCGUGCAUUAACUGGUGGAGGAUUGAAUUCUCCGUCUGAUUGGUUGUUUCCUCUCAUCACUCAUGUUCCGUUUGGAGGAUUCUUCUUUAAACCUGAAUCUUCCUCAUCUCACGGACUUGGUUCAAGAUGAAUCAUAUUCAAUGAGACCCUCCUGGUUUAGUAAAGUAAAAUAAAAAAGGAUUACCAGACUUUCUGUUUUGAAACAUAUCUAAACCACUGUUACAUCUUUAAAAUCAUCAAUCUUCUCUUUAGGUCUCAUUCUACAGUUUCUGUGUCUUAGAGGUGACAGUUAAUAAAACAUGUUAUAUAAAUGACUCUGUGCGAGUCUCGAACUGGAACUCCAGAAACCGGCCAGUAGGAGGUGCUGCAGCGCACCCAGCACACCUCUGUACUUCGGCUUCUGGUAAAUCGUAACUCGUGGUCGCUGAGAUCCAGGAAGACGCUGACGUGGCUCCAACGUCUGCGGAGCAAAAAACACGAGCAGCAAAUUCGAAUGAUCAUUGUGUGGUAACUCUGCUGUUAUGUAUAAAUCACUUGCACAGACCAGCUCUCUGAGUGACUCACAGCCGGACCUGACGCCACAUGUGAGUCUGUGGACGUUCAAACCACAUCAGAGAAGUUACUCAUCACCUGAGAGGGAGGAGCUUCAGUUCCGUUGAAUCCUAGAUUUAAAUAUUUUCCGAUGAUGUAAAGUCUUAAUUGUGUUCAGUGAGUCAGAGCCGAGUGUUGUCAAAGGGAAAUGAUCAACACAAAGGGAGAGUUCACAGUCGAGCUCUCACUGUGUAUUCAAACUGUGACUUCACCUCUAGUGUGGAGGAGACAGUCAGGACGGGGACGUGGUUCUCCUGAGUGAACGAUCCUUCAGGUUCUACAUCGUGCUAACAAACCCAGAGAAAGGUUUCUCUUUACGUUCUACGAUAUAACCUCCUCAUUCAAAUACAAUGGAAUUCAUUACGAGUAGUUUCAAAUUUGUUGGACCUUGAAUUAACGCAGUGGGGUCAUAGCUAGCAAGGGCAUUCCUGGUCCCCAGAGGAUGAUACAGGUGUUUUUGUGCCUCGCUGUCUUUUCCUCGAUGGUCCCGGUCUGGCCACAACCUGUGGGAUGAAAAAGUAAAGCCAACUGUCAUGAAAUUUAAUGAGUAAACUAAUAAUUUCCUCUAGCGCCACCCUCAGGCUACCUUUCAAUUUCCAACGUGUCAGAACAUUGAUCUACUGUGUGUGUCCAUGAAUUCAUAUCAGUUAUUUAGAGAGCUGUGUUUUAGUUUAUAUUCAUAUCUAGAAUUUAGUGUGUUGUUGCAUUAAUGAGUGAACAUUCAUCACAUCUGUGUUUCCCUGUACAAUAAACGUGCAUGUGUGUGACAAGUAA